ACACUACUCAUCCACAAUCCCUAAAAAACAUAGUUGCAGCUUUCUCUCCUUCCUAUCGCCACCGCCAAGCUCCUCUAUCAGUUCCACAAGAUUACAAGAGACGACGUUUCCUUCUGAUUGAAUCAUCUACGAUCCAGACAAUACAAUCCAUCAGGAACUAAAGAGAAGUAACUAUGCUGCUGAUCCUUUGAUUAACUCAACUGGCAUCACAACCAACACGGUGUGUACUCAAGUUGAGGGCAGAGUUUUGGAACCACCAAAACUAACGGUUGGAAAUUGUGGAGUCAUGCUUCCUCGUGGUGGUUAUUGGAGCUUCAACAACAAAACAGUUGUUGAGCCGACGCAGAUCACGCGUAGGGCUGUUGUUAACUUCUCUGCACGGUGCGACACCAAUAGCCUAUGCAGAUAUGUACUUAGGUGUGGUAAAGCAAAAGGAAUGGGCUUCUGUACGUGCACAAUCUUCACACGUGGAGAUGAUAGAUGCUUUGUUUAAAUCUGUAUCACCGAAAAAAGAUAAAGGGAUGAUCAGGGAACUGUUAAUAGAUUUCUAUCAAAGUACUCAUAAGCUAAAGCCAAAGCAUAUUCUUAUUUCCAGAGAUGGAGUUAGUGAGUCUAUGUUUGACCGUGUGCUGAAUAUCGAACUCGAGCAGAUCAUGCAGGUUUGAACUUUGAACACUUCCUUUCAAGAUUUUAUUUGUUAACUUAGUAAUUAAAGGUUGUUGCAAUGUAUGCCUAUUUAAGGCUUUUUUAGAGUUAUCAAUAAAGUAUCACAACAUAUUUCAAUUUCUUUUCUUUGCAAAA